CCCCCGGGCGCCAGAGCCCCAGGCCGGUUCCCGUGCUUGCUCGGGCCGGAGGUGUCGGCCGGAGGGCUUGCAGGGCGCGACCCUUCCGCAGCGGCUUUGUUCCCGGCGCGCAGCAUCUGCCCGGCCGGCUCCUCCUCCUCCUCGCCCAGCGGCAAAGGGAGCCGCUGUCUGCGGCCGGGCCGGCCUUUGUCUCUCUGGCUGGCCCGCAGAGCUAACGGGUCCGCUUGGGAAAACGCGCGCGGAUGCCUUUCCCUCUGAAGCAGCUGCAGCCUCGCUCGCUUGCCCGCCUUUCUCCCCCCAGCCUUUGCAGGCGGCCGCCUCCCUUCCCCGGCAGCGCCCAUUGCAUUGUGAUCCGCUCCUGAGCUCACCUGCUUUGCAGCCGGCGGGGCUCGGGUUGCAGCUAAGAAAGGCGCCCGGAGCUGCCCCGGCAAGGCUCCCCCACCUUGCCUUUUGCCUUGACCUUCUCGCGUUUGGCUUGCUGAUUGCCUCUGUCUGCCUAAAGGGGACUGGAGGGCACCUGAGCUCAGCGGGUGGGGCAUGCCUGCUUAUUGUCCUGUUGCUCUUGGGCGAUGACCUGCUGCUCUUCCCAUUGGCAAUGCCUUGGUAGGUGAGUAGGAUGCCUUCUUGAAAAGCUUGACUGCAUCGAAGGGGCCUUGACUUCUUCCUCCCGCUCCCUCCCUCCCUCCGGCUUUCUCUUCAUAUCCAGCCAUAUCCAUUCUGGGGGGCGGGGGGGGGGGGGAGGGAGAAUACCUGUUUUUUUUCCUUUUGCUUGAAAAAAAUCCCUUUCCUAAUUCUUUAUGAACUCCUCUGUUUAUUUUAUUUAUUUUAUUCCAUUUACAUUCUGCUCUCCCUGCAAGCAGGCUCUUUAAGUUCCUCCUCUUGAAGCAACAGAUUCUUGCUUGCAGCAGAGACUUCAUCUCCAGCAACCUGAGGAGCCCAGGCAGGGCCCUGCUGUAAGCAAGAGAAGGUCAGAUUGACGGACGCUGGGAUGUCAAGCAGCAGAGCAGAUGGUGGUGGCAGCAGUGCUGCCGUGGUUAGGAGAUCAGAGGCUAGUGAAGGGAUAGCACAGAGAGAAGAGGAGCAAGAAGAAGAUGGAGAUGAAGAUCUCCGUGAUGGUGGGGUUCCCUUCUUUGUGAAUCGAGGAGGACUUCCCAUUGAUGUGGCCACCUGGGAGAGGAUGUGGAAAUAUGUGGCCAAGAUCCACCCAGAUGGAGAAAAGGUGGCCCUCAGGAUCCGAGGAGCCACUGACCUACCCAAGAUCCCCAUACCAAGUGUGCCUACACUCCAGCCGUCCACUCUUAUCCCUGAGCGCCUGGAGACUAUACAGCGCUAUAUCAGGGAGCUUCAGUACAAUCAUACUGGGACACAGUUCUUUGAAAUCAAGAAAAGCAGGCCUUUGACUGGGCUGAUGGAUCUGGCCAAAGAAAUGACAAAAGAGGCCCUACCAAUCAAGUGUCUGGAAGCUGUGAUCCUGGGAAUUUACCUCACCAACAACAUGCCAACACUGGAGCGUUUCCCCAUCAGCUUCAAAACUUAUUUCUCAGGGAACUACUUCCGCCAUAUUGUGCUGGGAGUGAAUUUUGGGGGCCGCUAUGGGGCGCUGGGCAUAAGUCGGCGUGAGGAUCUCAUGUACAAGGCCCCCACCUUUCGCACACUAAGUGAGCUGAUCUUUGAUUACGAGGAGGCAUACAGGCGCUGCUGGCAUACCCUCAAGAAGGUGAAGCUUGGCCAAUGUGUGUCUCAUGAUCCGCACAGUGUGGAGCAGAUUGAGUGGAAGCACUCCAUCUUGGAUGUAGAAAAGCUCAGCCGUGAGGACUUCCGGAAGGAGCUUGAGAGGCAUUCCCGUGACAUGAGGCUGAAGAUCAGCAAGGGUACGGGGCCACCAUCCCCGACCAAGGACAGGAAGAAAGAUGUGUCCUCCCCACAGCGAAGCCAAUCUAGUCCACAUCGUCGCAACAGCCGGACAGAAAGGCGGCCUUCUGGAGAAAAGAAAACUACUGAGCCCAAAGCCAUAUCCGAUCUUAAUGGUUACCAAAUCAGAGUGUAGAGAGACUCGCACUAUUUGUGGACUGCUGGCUGGGCAGCGUUUGGACUGUGUUUUCCUGAAGCAUGCUCAUGGGGGAGGGGGGCAGUGGACAUGGAUUGCUGCUUUUUCCGAAGUGUCUCCUGCAUUGAGGAUCCCAGGGCUGUAGCCUGUAGCUCAGACCAGCCUUCCUGAUUUUUGUAUGAGGGAGGCAUUUUUAAAUCCUGCCAACAAAAUGAACCUUUUUAAAGCAUCACACCUGCCAGUUUCUGGUUUAGUGUUUGUACAGUAUUGGUAAGGAACGAAAUCUUCCAUAGAAUGAUGGCGAAGUUACGGUCUACUGGCAUUCUUUUGACUUGGCACAAUCCCUCGCUGGGUGUCUGUCUCCUUUUUAUACUUCAGAGGGAAUCAAGGUUACAUGAAGACCUCAAAACAGAAGUAGAGGAGGAGAACUGGAAUUCAGAAAGGAGAGGUCUGUGGAAAAAUCAAUGAAUCUGUACCUUCUGAGCAUUUCAAUAUUUUCAAAUAAGAUGGAGAAGGGAGAGAACUGUAUUUUAACAUAUAUCCUGAAACCAUCAACUUAAUCCUUGUACUGCUGGUUCCAAUGGCGGAGUGCCUUGUACUUCUCCAUCUUGCAGUUUCUGCUGCAAGCCGACUAGUAUAUUAUACUAAUGAUCCCUUUAUGUAAAGCCACUUAGGAGGUGCCUGUAUUAUUGUGGACAGAAGCAGAAGGAAGGGGAUUGAUGUUUCCCUUAGAAGUUAUAGCACCCUUUGGUGCAUUCAAGAAAUUUCCUGGAGUUUAGGUUAUCUCUUCACUUUCUGGUAUGGAGUACAUUAGCAAAGCACUGCAGCCUUUGGGGUCAGAAGAGAAUGCAGAAGUAGAUCUCUAUAAAGGUUCUCAGAGUGUAACACAUACACACACACACCCUACACUAGGUAUGUGUCAAUUCUUCCUACAUGAAGGUUCUUAGAUAUGUCCAGACUUGGUUUUCACCAGUAGCCUAUGAGGCUGCAAGCCACACAGCAUCCUAGGAGUGCAUCCACUUCUUAUGUGUUCUGUUUUGAUUCCUGUCUCAUGCAGAGUGCUUCAAGAUCCAAGUUUUUUCCCUGUGACUAGUCUGGACAGAAGUGUUGCAUUGUCUGUCAGUCCUGUGUUUUUUUUAAAAAAGUGAAUUGCACUUGUAUUUCCCCUAGAUUCAGAAUCUUCUUAUAGUAGAAGCCGGAUCUAUUUCCUUCAGGGUCUUGUCUCAAGAUCUGUCCACAUACUUUUGUCAGAAGUCUAGAUAGAGAGGUGGUGAUGAGUGCAGUUACACCCAUAAAGAGUACUUAUUCAAGAGUGGGGAAGGGGAACCAGGAAUCUAUUAUUAUGGAAAAGAGGAUCUUGAAAGAAAUCUGCUCGGUGGAAAGGAUCGCCUUGGUCUUCCUAAACGCUGGUUAAGCACUGGUGUGGAAGAUGAAGCCAAGCAUUCUCCUUGUUCUAGUUGACUAGCUCAGCUUCUCAUUGGGUCCAGUUGGCUUUGGAACAGCACGAGUUCUCCAGAGAGUGAAAAUGCUGAGAGGGGACAUAGGGACACCAAGCGGGUGUGUGCAAGUUACAGAAACCUAGAUCUUUGGUACCUGUCCAACAGUAUUGCGCUUUUGAGUCCUCAUGUUUGAUAUGGCCAACUCAGGCUGUAGCUUUAUCACAACUCCAGGAAGCCUGGCUGGUUGUCUUUCUGUCAUUUUUCUCACACAUACUCAAGAAUUAUUUAUCAGUUUUUAAUGUAAUAGGAAGGAGCUGGACUUCCUUCUGAUUAGUGACCUUCCAUGACUUAAUUAACCCUUUCAACAAAUGGGAGUGUAACAAGGAGCCGAAUUAGCCAUGUAUGGCUAGGAGCAGGCAAUAUUGUAAAUUAGCACUGUUGCAUUUGUGUGUGUGUUUUGAGGAGGGAGAUAUAAAUGGGUUUGGACUUCAGUUCGAAAGAGGAGCUGAUUUGGAGCAGUGUACUACUGUGGACUCUGCUCCCUCCCUUAUUUUAUAACUGAAAUAUUCAGUGUAUCCUAUAAAAGUGUACAAGCAUUUAUUGGCCAGAUGGAAAACUGCUGUGUUAAGAUAUUCCCAGAAGAAUUAAGGCUGGUUACUAGAAUUAUUUAGGGCCUUCUUCACCAAGCCUGUCUCCUGCCUUUUUCUUGUCAACACACGCAAGAGGAAAAAAUCUUCAAUAUGCCUGGUUCACAUUUUUAUUCAAAGAGUGCUUUCUUUUUUGUAAUUGACACUAAUCUUAGUUUUUAGGUAAUAAAUAGCCAGACUCUACUGAAUAUGAUGUCCGUGUUUGAUCCUGUGCAAAAUGUCUUGAUUGCCUUUUGUUUAAAACACCAAACCUUCCUUAUCUUGUCUAUCACCAUCAUUUCUUUUCCCCAGUUUAACUGCUAAAUCCUCUAUGCAAGAAAUAGAGAAGGGGAAGAAAGGAGAUUGUGGAUAAUCAUGGACUAUGCUGGUGGCUGAGCUGAGUUUUUCAGAGCCAUCCUUCAUAACUCGGAGAAUUUUUCCAAGUUCCAAAGUUAAAUUUAAAGUAGUAAUUUAAUGAUGGGCUCAGCCAGAUGAUGAAUGCCAUUGCAGUGAACUGUGAGCUGCCAGUAGUGGUCUCUCUCUGUAGGGACACCGCAUCAUGAGGCAGCGUAACCAUGAUUAACAUGAAAUCAAGCAUUAGACACAACUGGAACAUGAUGUCUCCUCCUGCCUCCUGGAGCUAUCUGCCAAGUUUGUGGUUGUCCCUUUCUCCAGAAAAAAUGGUCCAUCUGUAAACAGAGAGAACUUAGUUGGAAGGGAUUCUGAGGAGAACUACAACAGGCACCUCUUAUAAAGAGGCAUGUAUCUCAUUCUCCUUUAAAAGAAAUGAUGUUAGAUUGUAAAAGGAGUUUUGGAGGAGCAGCAAAAUCAGGUAUUCACUGAAUUGUGCUAAGGUAGGUCAAAGUAAAAUGCUAGUAAGAUCAGUGAUACAAUUCAUCAAUGCAAUGCUUGACCUCAGGAAGUUGUGCACUCCCCUUCCUUGGAGGCAUUAACACACACAGCCAAGCCUCAGGACAGAGGGGGCUCAGCUAGACAGGUCCCUUCUGAUUAUGUCUUCUUUUGCGUAAUGUGAAAAUACAGAGAUGAGAGUUCUGUGCUGUUUAUCUUCAGAUGCAUGUAAAGGUGGUGAGAUAGGUUUGCUAGAUUAAUGUUGUAAUAAGAUAUUUUAUACAUUAUUUUAAACAAUCUCCUUUCUGGUUUAGGUAAAACCACAGAGCUUUGCCUGCUGUCCUUUGCUAGCAAAAUCUAGCAAUAGAGGACCAAGCGGCAUGAAUAGCAGCCCCAUGCGAUACAUUCCUGGCAGACUGCAAGGAAUUCUGUCCUUGGUUUUAAAAUUAUCUGCAUUUAGAAUUGUUAGAGAGAAGGUUUGUGUGUGUCUUUUUAAAAAAGAAAUUGAUUCAGAGGACAAUUUGGAUGGGGGUGUUAGCAUUCAAAUGUUUGAAGUGAUACAGUAACUCUUGUGAUACUACUACUCAUGUUCUUUUUGUGUCCCUGGAAAGUUCCACUUAGUGAGAAUCCAUAUACUUUUGUUUGGAAUCAGUGAAAAAAUGCCGCCAUCCUAAGGUGAAAAUAAAAACAUGGUUGAAACUUAGAUCUAGUUCACCCAAGCAGGGGAAAGAGGUGAUAGGAUGGAGUGUGCCCAUUCAGUCUCUAAACGAUGGGUUCCAGCUACGAGUGUUCCUUUCGGGCCUUUUAUUCUUUUUUAAGGUGAAAACUAGCAAAACAGGGAAAGGUAGAAUCUCUUUUGGCAUGCUGUGCCUGUUUCCUCUUGGCAGGCAGGCUUUGACAUAAGGAAGUAUUCCAAAAUUAGGUUUUUCCACCUGUAACUCUGAAAUGGUGAAAUGUAUUCUACCUUAUUCUCUUGCAUGUGUCAUACUGAAUCUUAGCCAUAAAUAUUUUCCCUUCUUCUGAUGCAAUCAGGAGAGAAGUGAUCAGAUAUGCCUGCGAGAUCAAGAACAUUGCUUCAGAACAGUCUCUAAAGGAGAAAGUGAGGAGAGGAGGCUACUAUAGCCUCUCCUUGCCCAUAUAUGCUGGUGCCUCCAUUUGCAAACUGCUUUUUUAAAUACUUACCGUCUCCCUAUGAAACAACAUUGGCUUUUUCAGAGGUCUGGAGGGGAUGUGGUUUACACAGUAAUAGUGUCAGUAUUAGUGGAGCUGCUUUACAACAUACGACAAGUGUUGUGUGCCAGACUUAUUUGGUAAAAACGUUAGCCAGAUUGUAUCCCUGAAGUCAUGUGACAGGCUGGAUAUGUAUAUGGGGGGUGCAAUGUCUUCUUAACUCUUGUCUUUUGAAUUUUCUAUACCCCUACCCGAUUAAGCAUUUCAGUUUCAAGGCCAAUGUUGUCCUCAGUUGCAUCACAUCAACCAGUCAGUUCUCCUGAUUCUUGUGAAUGAGACACUGCUGUAGCAGUUUGCCUUCUGUAAUUGAACUUGUCACACAUUGUAGUUACGCUACAAUAAAUUUGUUAGCCUUUAAGGUGUUAUGGGACUCUCUUGAUUUCUGAAGCAAUCAGGGUAAUAAAGUUUCUAGUUUUCUUGCUCUAAUGCAAGACUGAUUUUGGAUAGUAAAAUAUAAGCUCAGGUUUAAUAAUUCACAGCUGGUUUUCUCUGGCACUUUCAGGGUCUGAAAAUACUGUCAGUUUCCCCUAUGGAGUUCUGAUAACAGAAAUCCUGCAGAGUCAGGAGAUUGGAUGGCUCCUCUCAAAGUGGCUCAAAGGAGUGGUUUUCAAAUGUUCUGCUAUUAGGAAACAGUCUGCAAAUAGAUGCAUUUCUGCCAUGGAAUCUCUGUAAGUUAGCAGAGGGUUCUCUACUGUGCAGGGUGCGCAGAAUUCCUGAAAUAUAUUGGCCAGGGCCUUUUACAGGCACAACUGCCUUGCAUGACAGUCCAUUGCAGAAAGGAACCAAUAAAUGGUCCAUUUCUCUAAGAAAGGUGGGCUGUUUAUUGACCAUUACUUAUUUUUUAAUUAAGGAACUCUUGCCUUCUCUGGUGUGCACACAGUUAAUAAACCACAAGCUUAAAGAGAACUGUGAACAGGAACCACAAUAUGAUUUUUUUGGGGCCCCAAUUUUCCCUUUGUGUAAGAUGUAUACGAGGAACUUGUGACUCAGUUCCUUGUCGCUAAUUGUUGUUCCUGUCUUGCUAAUAGGCUCAAAAGUCAGCUAAGCUGCUUGGGGAAUUCUAAAUGAAGCAGGACCAAAGUAGCAGAUGUCUUUGUUGGUAAAACCAUUCUCCCCGCCCCCCCUCCCGCCCCUUGCCAGUCAUGCACUCACCACCUGCUUAGAUGACUGAAUCGCUUAAGCUCUGCCGAGCUGAGACCCUCAACAGAUUUGCCAGGAACAAGAUGGUGCUAGUGGGGCUAGGGAACUUGCUUUAAUACCAUCUGUAUUUAUCCAGUUUGAGCAAUUGGCCUUAUUUUUCAGAACCAUUUUUGUUGUCAUAACCAGAGGCCAAUGAAGGCUUUUAUGGGUUGUCAAGUGUCUAUUCUGUAAACAUAGUACUCUUUGUGAUCUGAAAUAGGUGUGUUGGACCCUCCUUUAGCUCUUCUUGCCCUCUUAUCUGUAUUCUUCUCAUUGAUUCCUUUUAAAAAGUUUUUAAAAAAAAUAAAUAUCCUUUCUGUACAAUUUA